ACCGUUAGCAAGGUAACGUUUAGCUAACCAGCUAAGUUAGCUACCGUUAUCGUGGAAGAUUAGCUAACGUUAUCAGUACCUCAGCUGUUCAACCUGACCUUUGACCAGCGGCCGUCUUUCAUCGCCGUCACUAACACUGAAGGCUAGGCAUGUUCACAACAAAACCCUGUCUCCAUUGUUAAUUGUCACAGGACGACGAGUCGCCUGGUUUCACCUGAACUACUGUCUUCCUUCUCAGCUAACACCACCUCCACCAUGACUGCUGCUGUCAGAGGCCCUGCCAGUGUGCCUAUCCGAGGCACUGGCGAUGGCAUGGAAACUGAAAAACCGCCCGCCAUCCUGGAGGUAAACACGGAGACACUGCCACCAGGCCCGCCUGCAGUUCUCCUUCUGAAGGUGGCUAGCCCCAAACACUGUCCCAAAUCUACCCAUCCCACUCCCCCCCAGCCUCUCGGGGUGCUCCACCUCGGCAGGGUGAGUCGAGAGGCCUGCACAGAGGUGGAUGCUGUGAGGAUCAUCGUCCCACGUGCUGCUAUUAGCCGGCACACCCGUACAAGACCUGCGGAGGGUAAAGGGGAGGCUGGGCAACAGACUGAGGAGCAGGGCUCUCCCCCGCUGCCUCUGGUGGAGGACUGGAGAGGACAGCUGGAUAAGCUGCAAAACUCUGAACGCAGGCUGCUGCAGGACAAGGAAGGGCUUUCCAAUCAGCUCCGUGUGCAGACAGAGGUGAACCGGGAGCUGAAGAAACUGCUGGUGGCGUCGGUGGGUGAUGACCUUCAGUACCACUUUGAGCGUAUGUCACGGGAGAAGAACCAGCUGAUUCUGGAGAAUGAGACUCUAGGCCGGAGUCUGGCACACACCGCAGAGCAGCUGGAGCGAAUGAGUAUCCAGUGUGAUGUUUGGAGGAGCAAGUUCUUGGCCAGCAGAGUCAUGGCAGAGGAGCUGACGAACGCCAGAGCAGCGCUGCAGAGACAGACCAGGGAGGCCCAAGGAGCUAUCCAGGACCUGCUGUUAGAGAGAGAAGAGUUCUCCAGCAACAUGGUUCUCACUCACAGAUCUCUGGAGCAGCUCCUGGUGUCCCUGCAGUGGGGUAGACCGCAGACGUACUACCCGAGUGCACAGCCCCUCAGCACAGGAGAGCUGGCGGCAGCCAAUCACAAGCUAGCAGACGCCAUCAACUCCCACCUGCUGGGUAACACCAGCAGCGUGGUGAAGAGCAGCAGUGCUACGGCGGAGCAGCUCUGCAGCACUCCGGCCGAGAAGAUGGCCGAGAAGGUGCUGAAGAAUUUAGAUCCAAUUUCCUGUUCAGAAAACACAGCAGACCCUCCGCUCAGGGACUCCACCCCCUCAAACUGUCUCAGCAUUAAGAAGAGCAUCGGCAGGUUUCACCCAUAUACCCGUUAUGAGAACAUUACUUUUAACUGCUGCGAGCGCUGCACUGGAGACAUCCUGGUGCUGUAGGGGUGGAGGAUCAGCAAAACGUCCCCCUUUGGCACCAAUGCAGCAUCACAGCUUCUUACGAAUGACUGAGAUCUGAAGAGGAGUGUACUCUGGGGGAUAUUGCUGUUGUGUCAACUUCUACUCCUUCACUCCACACCAAAAGUUUGCUUCUCCAGCAAAUGUUUCUUUUCUAUCAGCUACCCACUUUAGUGCAUUGCAUCUCUGGUCUUUGGAUUUCCACAAUUUCAGAUGUUUUUAAACUUGAUCAACCUGCUGUUCAUUUUGCUCGCUUUAACCUAAAAAAAAAGUUUGUUCAGGGAUCAUGAUGAAAACAAUGCAUAUUAGAGCCAUUCUAGUCGGGUUUAAACUAUGGUAAAUGUAUUUAUUGUGAGGUCAAGAUGAGUCAGUAUUAUGUGGUGAACAGACAGUGUCUGCUUAUUCAAACUUGAAUAUAAGGCUUGUGUAUAAAUUGUUAAUUACAUAAUCCUACUGUAUAAUAAGUCAAUGUGCAAACAAUCGAGCAAACAGGCUUUAUUGAUAUGUUAACAUUGAGCUAAGUGUACAGUCCCACAUGCUCUGUACCUGUAUGAGCGAUGAUGCCUCUAUACUGCAGGGGUGUCCCAAUUUCUCAGUAUGAUGGUGCUAUUGUAUUGAAUUAAUAUAUUUUGUACAAUGCAUGCUGCAAAGGCGUGGAUUAUUUUGGGAGUGAUUGAUGGUACUACAAUAGAUUACUAUUGUACACACUUGUAUGGUGUUGGAAAGAAAAAUGUAAAGCAACAGUUAAAAAAAAAAA